GCCGAGGAUGGGUCGGGAGGGGGAGCCGAGCGCUGUCUGGCGGAGGUCUCUCUGGAAGAGGCUCUCGUGCGUCUUGCCGAGUUCCUGUCAGUCCAGCUGGGGGCGGAAGAGAGCUUUGGGACUCCUCCCGACCUGAGCAAGCCCGGUGAUGUUCCCCCACUGUUGACGGUGACUGGUCAACUCUUGGCUCUCCUGGCAUGGAUUCGAAGUCCCAGGGGCAGGCAGGCCCUGUCCCAGGGGAUGCAGCCUGUCUCAGGGGUGCAGCACCCUCCUCCUGCUGGAUCCCCAUUGCAAGAAGAAAGCCCUUCCCUUUCACCAAGGGGCGAGGCCCAGGGGCAGCAGCCUCCUCAGCUGGAAGAGGACCAGAGGGCUUGGCAGCGGCUGGAACAGCUCAUCCUUGGACAGUUGGAAGAGCUGAAGCAGCAGCUGGAACAUCAGGAGGAGGAGCUGGGCCAGCUGCGCCUGGGAGUGGGAGCAACAGACUCAGAGAAAAGGGUUCAGCAUCUGACUCUGGAGAACAAAGCCCUGAAACAGAGCUUGAGCCUUACUCGGGACCUCUUGCUGCACUGGGGCCCUGCCCCCCACACCAGGGCCCCCCAGGAGAAGGCAGAAGCCCUGCUGGAGCUCCGGGGGCGGCUUCAAGAAGCCCAGGACACCACGGAAGCCCUCCGAGUCCAGGACUUCGUGCUCGCAUGGCCAGCUUGCGUCAGGGCUGUGGGGACCUCCGGGGACUCGUCAGCACCUUUACCCAGAGCUGCCAGGGUUCUCUGAGCGAAGCCCAGGGACAGGUUUCCUGGGCUCUGGGGGCACUGUCAGCUGAUGGGGCUGGGACUCAACUCGCGGAGGCGCCGCAGGGGCCUCUCCCCGGAUGCCCAGGGCGGCUGCUGGAGCUCAAAGGACCCAGGAGGCAGCGCCUGGACCUGAUCUCCACCCCAGGAAACAUCCGUGUGCUGUGUCGCCUGAGGCCAGGGACACCCUCCAGCCUGGUGAGCCUAGAGCCUGGCCCAGGUGGCACUGUUACUACCUGCUAUCGAGGGCACCAGCGUCGCUUCCGCCUAGACUGGGUCUUCCCUCCGCACGCCAGCCAGGAGGAGGUCUUCAGGGAGCUGGAGUCUGCUGUGCUGUCCUGCCUCGGGGGCUACAGUGUCUGCAUUUUCACCUACGGUCAGACAGGGACGGGGAAGACCUACAGCAUGGAGGGCCCGCCUGAGGACCCCGGCAUCACUCCUAGGGCACUGCAGUCACUGUUCCGGGAGAUGGGCACAGGCGGGCAGCACCGCGUGACCCUCAGCAUGGUGGAGAUCUACAACGAGGCUGUCAGGGACCUCCUUGCCCCAGGGCCUCCCCAGCGCCUGACAGUGAGGCAGGGCCCAGCAGGCCAGGGGGGAGUCCAGGUGGCUGGCCUCACCCACUGGGACGUGCCCAGCCUGGAGUCUCUGCACCAGGUGAGGCUGCCCAGUGGGGCCCCGCAGCUCUCCAAGCCCCCGCCCUUACCCGCACCGGGGGGCGCGGGCCCCGCCGCAGGCCAGCCCUUGUCCGCCCGUCCUGCAGAUGCUGAGCCUGGGGAGGAGCAACCGGGCCACCGCCGCCACAGCCAUGAACCAGCGCAGCUCUCGCUCGCACGCCCUGGUCACGCUGACACUGCGCACAGCGUCCCCAUCGCGCGGUCCCGGCACCGCAGGCACGCUGCACCUCGUCGACCUGGCGGGGUCCGAGCGCGCCUGGAAGGCGGGGGCGGCCGGCACAUCGCAGGAAGACCGGGACGGCGCCCAGCGUCUACGGGAGGCUCGGACCAUCAACCGCUCGCUGCUGGCGCUGGGAGGCGUGAUGGCCGCGCUGCGGGCCCGCCGGCCCCACGUGCCCUUCCGCGACUCGCAGCUCACACGCCUACUGCAGCCGGCCCUGGGCCCAGGCGCCAAGGCGGUGCUGCUGCUGCAGAUCUCCACGCGGCCCGAGGAUCUCGGCGAGACGGUGUGCUCGCUCAAGUUCGCCGAGCGUGUGAGCCGAGUGGAGCUGGGGCCGGCGAGGCCCCGCAGGGCCCCCCGCUCUGGGACACCCUCCUCCUUGAGCACCGACACACCACUCUCCGGGACCCCCUGCACCCCCACGACGUCGCCCGGCAGCCCUCCAAGCCCCGGCUUAGACAGCGGCUCCAGCUCGGCCCUGGUACCGCCGGAGGACCUGCCUUCCUAGUCCUGCCCAAGGAGCCUGGGUCACAUCUCUGCGGGCAGAGGCAGCAAAAUCCCUAUUCCCUCAUGACUUCCUUGAUCUCUGGGGGCCGCUGCCCCCCCCGUCCCCCCCCCCCCCCCCACUGCCGGAGCCCACCCUCCUCUCCCACCCUGGAGGAGUGCUCUGCCUGGGGUAAUGAUCACACCUCCCCCGCCCCGUUAUCACCAUCUGCUGUUAUCGCAGCGCACAGCAGGGGAUCCCAGGGCCGCAGAUGCAGACCGCGGCCAAGUGGUCACCAGAGUCACCAUCCCGUCACCACAUUAGACUUGGGUUGAAAUGUCUAUUCCUUUACUGUUACCUCCCCACCACCAUCACCAAAGCCAAGUAGUCUCCAUUCUCGAUCCCCUUCCCCCCAAAGGUGCUUCCUCUUUCCCAGGCAACAGCUGAGGGAGGACAGGGCUUUAGGCUGGAGCCCCAUUAGGUUUCCCUCCCCCAGCCCAAGCCAGGGAGGGGAGGUGACAGCUGGUGAUGGAUGGAUGGAUGGAUUGAUAGAUGGAAGGAGAGUUGGAGAAGGUGGGGCCAGGAAGGGGAAAGGAAGGGCUACUCCAGGUAGAGCCCUGCUCCAUCCAGCCUUGCCUCUAGGGGUAGGAGAGGCUCGACUAACCACCAGGGCCGGGUGAUGCCCUGCUGGGCCAUAGCUCUUCUGGGGCAGCC